AUGAUAUUGUCAAAGCGCAAAAUAAAGCUAUUAAAACUAUGUUUGACUUCUACAGCAUUAGAAAAAGGACUUUUGCUUACUUACUUAGCAUUGUUUCCUGUGAUGGUUUUCUUUGCAUCUUAUAAUAAUCCUUUGAACAUAGAAAACUAUGAUAUUAGGACUAACAUCUUAAAAUACUACGACCAAGAUCAAAUCAUCAAAGCAAGGACGUAUAAUGAUAUUUACAGCUAUCUAGAUGAACUGCUGCAUGAAAGGCUCUGGGUUAAAAACAAAAGUUCUCCUUAUCAGCCAAUAGGUACGCUUAGAUUAGCUUAGUACAGAGUCUAAAGUGACUGUACUGAAAAAGAGAUCAGAGAAGAAUGCAGCACUAUUGAGUGCUUUAAAAAGAUGUACUCUCCCUCUUGCAAUUAACUGUUUGUGGCGAAUCAGACAGAGGCAAAAGAAUUUUUUCCAAAUAAUAAAUCAAUUUGCUAAUACAGAGAAUGUGGCGAAUACAAUUACUCUAAUGUUUAAAUUAGAGACUUCAGUGGAAAUUUUGGUACUUAUGGAGGAGGAGGUUUCUCAAUUGACUUCACCUAUAAUAAAACACAAAACAAAAAUUAAAUAAAUGAAUUGAUAAAGAAUUCUUGGCUUGACUUGAACACCAGAGCUGUUUGCUUGUCUUGGAGUGUACAUAAUGUCUGGAGUGACAGAUAUUUUAUCACAACAGUAUUUUUAGAAAAUCCUGGUAACAGCAUUUUUUCAGUAUCUUUCAGAGUGCAAACAGCUUAUAUAUAUAAGAAAGAUGACCCUGAUUCAUACUCAGAUAAGGUUAGCGUGAUAGUCAUCUACACUUUGUUUUUGUUGAAUACUCUACUCUUUGCUGGUAAAACAGUCCUUGAAUUAGGUCUCUCGAUAAAUAGGUUUACGAACUUGAUUGAAAUUCUCAACCUGACUCUAUGCUGCCUGGCAGUAUCUGGAAGAAUCGGAAGCAUUGGAAUAGUGGUAGAUAAUAUUGAACUAGAGAAUGCGUAUGACAGUUUUUAAACUUUUUCGACUUAAGCCUCUUUACAUCAGUUCGAGAUUAUUGCUUUAGGCACUGCCGCACUAUUUUAUCCUUUCAGAGCAUAUUAACUUUUCAGUCAUUUUAAUUUUUUCAAGCCAAUGUGUAUCUUCUUGAAUACAAUAUUCAGAAUGUUUCCAGGGAUCUCAACUUUUUUUAUUAUUACAACUACUCUCUUUGCUUGCUGGGCUUAAGGAUUUUAUUUAAUAUUCUCGCCCUAUCUAUUCGAAUUCAGAAACUACUUUGAAUCUCUCCUUACUAUAUCUUUUAAAAGGUUUUACGAGAAUGAUUAGUUCGCUAAAUUUACUUAAAACAGAGAUUUCGCAUAUCUGGAAGUUGCUGGCCUCUUGAUGAGCUGGACAACUACUUUAAUUCUAAUCAUUUUCAUUGCUAUGGUUACAACCUUAUAUAAAAAAGCAACAGGCUUUGAAAAAGGCGCUGAAAUAAUGACUCUUGAAAAAUAGCAAAUUUUGAACGAUAUCAAGGACAUAAAAGAUAAAGUUAACCUGAUUUACAUCAAGAAAUUAAAGACUUUCUCAGGGAAUUCAAAUUUAUUUUUAGAGAAUAUGUAAAUUCAAAAGGGUAGAGACGAAUCAGAAGUCAGUAUGCAAAUGAAAAAUAAAAAGAUUGUAGUCUGGCUAAUAAAUAGAUCAAGAAGAAGUAUGAGAGCUGAAAGAGAAUCGCUUUUCAAGAAGAUUAAUGAAGAGAUAAUUGAAGAAUAUGAGUUUCUAUAAAUGGUCAAAACCAGCGAUCUAAAUAGAAGAGAAUCAGUAGCAGUAUUCAAAGAUCCCCGCAAGUCAAGCGCAAGUUUUGGGGGCAAAAUGAUUAGAGUAGAAAGUUCUGAAAACAAAAAUGUAUCAGCUGGAGGUGUGGGUGUUGGAGUAUAAUAUCCAAACUAUAUUAAUAGUCAUAACCAGCCUCACUAAAUUGAGUUCAUUGACUUUGAAGAUUUUAAACAGCUAAAGAACUUUUUAGAUUCCUUCUUUAAGAUAAAACCUGCUCUGAUAACAUCAGCCUCCUUUGACAAGUUUAGAAUAGUCAUUGAAAAUUAUGUAGAGCAAGAGCACUUACAAUUUUAAAAUAGUCCUGAUCUAGAAGAUAUAAUGAUGAAUAAUGAGAGGAAUGAUUAUGCUUAUUAGAAAUUGAAAUAGUCAAGUGAAGAAUCUAAUAGGAAAAAUGAUAAAAUAUCUAAGCAAUAAAAGCAACUAAGAAAACAACAGCUGCAUCAUGCUGAAGAAGUAAUUGACUAUCUUAAAGAGAUAGGCAGUAAAGUACCAGUCAUUAUCUAUUCUAACUACGAGGAGGAUUAGCAAGGGUUUAAGAAGAUAAUGAAAAUAAAGAUGAAGUAUCAAAUGCUCUAAACCACUAAUAAGAUUGAUGACCUUAAAAGAUUCUGUAUGAUGUAAUUACACGGAGGUAAUUAAAACAACAAUUAGAACUAAAAACUUUCAUCAGCCCAUAAAUAGUCUAUCUUUUAGCAAUAAAUAUGA